AUGCUGUCCAAGAUGAAGGCGAAGCUCGAGGAUGAUUGGACUUCCUAUGGAAUUCGAAUAGGUGCACAGGGAGAGGAAAUCACACCUCUCCACCUCGUGACAGUUACAGAAAAGAGGGUGCCACUCAGUGUCAAGGCAAUCAGCUCGAAUUCUACUAUGACGGAGCUCGGAAUUCUGGCUAAAUGCUUGAUGGUCUGUCGUGUGUCCUUGGCACCCCAAGCUCAAUCUGGAUGCAAGACAGAACUCACAAGGAGAAUGCUCCAAAUUUUCUCGGUUGACCCGUAUUAUGUCGACAACGUUUCUGGAGUAACAGGUCUACAACAUUGGAUUUCAGUUCAAUCCUUUUGCUGCAUCGUUGCUGCGUUGGACAUGUUUUUGAGAAAAUUCCCAAGACAUGAGUUGGAGAGACUGAGAGCUUGUACCCUCGGUUCCCAGUAUAAAGAUUGUGUAAUGAUAGGAUCUAUCAAUCAUGUCGCCCGUACAUUGAGCACCACUCCUGGAGGAGUCUUCAAGUACAUUUUCAACAGGGAGGCGGCAGAGGAGGCAGAAAGAAUUUACUCUGGAGGAGAAGGAGUUGAAAAAUCAAAGAAUGAUUCAUACUUCCAAUACAUGAGAGAUUUUAGCCUUGUCGCAAAAACAGCAUACUCCGCAAGUGCCUAUCCAAACUUUUAUAACUGGAUAGUUUCUAUACCAAAGCAAAGACUCUGCCCCUGGCGAAUCGUCGCAAUACAGAAACGACCCUCCUCGCAAGGUGUGUGA